UGUAAUGUUUCCCCUCCGAAGAAGAGACCGGUAGCGCGCUGUCUGGUGACAACCACAGCACGUCUCAUAGGAGUCGUCAGCUUUUUUUUUUAAAUACUUAUUGUGGCUUAAAAUGUACGACCAGGACGAAGAUAAUCAGUACGAUGAAGAUGAUGAUGAGAUCACACCAGAUCUUUGGCAGGAAGCUUGCUGGAUCGUUAUUAGCUCUUACUUUGACGAGAAGGGUUUGGUGCGGCAACAGCUGGAUUCAUUCGAUGAGUUCAUCCAGAUGUCCGUGCAGAGGAUCGUGGAAGAUGCUCCACCCAUUGACCUCCAGGCUGAAGCCCAGCACACCUCAGGGGAAGUGGAGGAGCCGCCUCGUUACCUGUUGAAGUUUGAGCAGAUCUACCUGUCCAAACCCACACACUGGGAAAGAGACGGCGCUCCGUCUCCCAUGAUGCCCAACGAGGCCAGACUUCGAAACCUCACAUACUCGGCCCCUCUGUAUGUGGACAUCACCAAGACCAUCAUCAAGGAGGGAGAGGACCAGCUGCAGACGCAACACCAGAAAACCUUCAUAGGGAAAAUACCCAUCAUGCUCCGCUCCACCUACUGCCUCCUGAGCAGCCUGACGGACCGUGACUUGUGUGAGCUCAAUGAGUGCCCGCUCGACCCUGGAGGAUAUUUCAUCAUCAACGGCUCGGAGAAGGUGCUAAUUGCUCAAGAAAAGAUGGCCACCAACACAGUUUACGUAUUCGCCAAGAAGGACUCCAAGUACGCCUACACAGCAGAGUGUCGGUCCUGUUUGGAGAACUCGUCGCGUCCCACCAGCACCAUCUGGGUUAGCAUGAUGGCCCGAGGAGGGCAGGGAGUGAAGAAAAGCGCCAUCGGUCAGAGGAUUGUGUCCACGCUGCCGUACAUCCGACAAGAAGUUCCCAUCAUCAUCGUGUUCCGAGCGCUGGGCUUCGUGUCGGAUCGAGACAUCCUGGAACACAUCAUUUAUGACUUUGACGACCCUGAAAUGAUGGAGAUGGUGAAGCCGUCUCUGGAUGAAGCCUUCGUCAUCCAGGAGCAGAAUGUGGCCUUGAACUUUAUCGGCUCCAGAGGAGCCAAGCCCGGAGUGACCAAGGAGCGAAGAAUCAAAUACGCCAAAGAAGUUCUGCAGAAAGAAAUGCUUCCCCAUGUUGGCGUCAGUGACUUCUGCGAGACCAAGAAGGCCUACUUCCUCGGGUACAUGGUCCACAGGUUGCUACUCGCCGCCCUCGGCAGACGAGAGCUUGAUGACAGAGAUCAUUAUGGAAACAAGAGACUUGACCUGGCUGGGCCACUUUUGGCCUUCCUAUUCAGAGGAAUGUUCAAGAAUCUGCUGAAGGAGAUUCGAAUCUACGCACAGAAGUUCAUCGACAGAGGGAAGGACUUCAACCUGGAGCUCGCCAUCAAGACCAGAAUCAUCUCAGAUGGCCUCAAGUACUCGCUGGCCACCGGCAAUUGGGGAGACGUGAAAAAGGCCCACCAGGCCAGAGCGGGCGUGUCCCAGGUGCUUAACCGCCUCACCUUCGCAUCCACACUGUCCCACCUUCGCCGAGUCAACUCCCCCAUCGGGCGGGAUGGAAAGCUGGCCAAACCCAGGCAGCUGCACAACACGCUGUGGGGGAUGGUGUGUCCCGCUGAAACCCCCGAGGGUCAUGCUGUAGGCCUGGUGAAGAAUCUCGCCCUGAUGGCUUACAUCUCUGUGGGUUCCCAACCGUCUCCCAUCCUGGAGUUCUUGGAGGAGUGGAGUAUGGAGAACCUGGAAGAGAUCUCUCCCGCUGCCAUAGCAGAUGCCACCAAAAUCUUCGUUAAUGGCUGCUGGGUGGGCAUACACAAAGAUCCCGAACAGUUGAUGAACACCCUGAGGAAGCUGCGGCGUCAGAUGGACAUCAUCGUGUCCGAGGUGUCCAUGAUCCGAGACAUCAGAGAGCGCGAGAUCAGAAUCUACACGGACGCCGGGCGGAUCUGCAGACCGCUUCUGAUUGUGGAGAAACAGAAGCUGUUGCUGAAGAGACGACACAUCGACCAGCUUAAAGAGCGGGAGUACAAUAACUACAGUUGGCAGGACCUGGUAGCGAGCGGUGUAGUGGAGUACAUUGACACGCUGGAAGAGGAGACUGUGAUGCUGGCCAUGACCCCUGAUGACCUUCAGGAGAAGGGCGUGGCUUACUGCUCCACCUACACCCACUGUGAGAUCCACCCGUCCAUGAUCCUGGGAGUGUGUGCAUCCAUCAUUCCUUUUCCCGAUCACAACCAGUCUCCCAGAAACACGUACCAGUCGGCUAUGGGCAAACAGGCCAUGGGCGUCUACAUCACCAACUUCCAUGUUCGAAUGGACACGCUGGCGCACGUGUUGUACUACCCUCAGAAGCCACUGGUCACCACGCGCUCCAUGGAGUACCUGCGCUUCCGAGAGCUGCCAGCAGGGAUCAAUUCCAUCGUGGCCAUCGCCUCCUACACAGGCUACAACCAGGAGGACUCUGUGAUCAUGAACAGGUCGGCGGUGGACCGAGGCUUCUUCCGAUCGGUUUUCUACCGAUCCUACAAGGAGCAGGAGUCCAAGAAAGGCUUCGACCAGGAAGAGAUCUUCGAGAAACCCACACGAGAAACCUGUCAGGGGAUGAGACACGCCAUCUAUGAUAAACUGGAUGACGAUGGACUCAUUGCGCCCGGAGUUCGUGUGUCCGGCGAGGACGUGAUCAUCGGUAAAACCGUGACGCUACCGGAGAACGACGAUGAACUGGACAGUACCAACCGACGCUACACCAAGAGGGACUGCAGCACCUUCCUGAGGACCAGCGAGACCGGCAUUGUGGACCAGGUGAUGGUGACCCUGAACCAGGAGGGCUACAAAUUCUGCAAAAUCCGGGUUCGCUCAGUCCGAAUUCCUCAAAUUGGAGACAAGUUUGCCAGCAGGCACGGACAGAAAGGAACCUGUGGAAUCCAGUACAGACAAGAGGACAUGCCGUUCACGUGCGAGGGAAUCACACCUGACAUCAUCAUCAAUCCUCACGCCAUCCCAUCCAGAAUGACAGUCGGCCAUCUGAUCGAGUGCCUGCAGGGCAAGGUUUCUGCAAACAAAGGCGAGAUUGGCGACGCCACGCCCUUCAACGACGCCGUCAACGUGCAGAAGGUGUCCAACCUGCUGUCAGAAUACGGAUAUCAUCUGAGAGGAAACGAGGUGCUAUAUAAUGGCUUCACCGGGCGCAAGUUGACGUCGCAGAUUUUCAUUGGUCCGACGUACUAUCAACGCCUCAAACACAUGGUGGACGACAAAAUCCACUCCAGGGCCCGUGGCCCCGUCCAGAUCCUCAACAGACAACCGAUGGAGGGGCGAUCGCGUGAUGGUGGCCUGCGAUUCGGGGAGAUGGAGCGCGACUGUCAGAUUGCUCACGGCGCCGCUCAGUUCCUGCGAGAGCGUCUCUUUGAGGCAUCUGAUCCCUAUCAAGUGCACGUGUGCAACUUAUGCGGACUGAUAGCCAUCGCCAACACACGCACGCACACGUACGAAUGUCGCGGUUGUCGCAACAAGACACAGAUCUCGCUGGUGCGGAUGCCGUACGCGUGUAAACUUCUUUUCCAAGAGUUGAUGUCUAUGAGCAUCGCUCCUCGUAUGAUGACAUCAUAGAGCAGCUUUGACCAAUCACCUUCUGGCAGAUAGAUUUGUUUUUAUUUUCCUAAACGUCAACCUUUUUUUUGUGUAUGUCAGUUUUGCAAACGAGAAUAAAAGUGU